UCAUCAUACAAGAAUGGUACAUUUUGUAUUUAAGACGACACCCAUCAUCACACUUCAUUGAUUAUUAAGAUUCACGAUCUUGAUCAGAUCAAUUAAAAAGUUUGAAACUUUAAUAUCCGGGUAUCUUUUAUUUCUUGAUUGAUUUGAAAAAAAUGGAAGCAAAUGCAGGUUUAGUGGCUGGAUCUCAUAAAAGAAAUGAGUUGGUCAGGAUUAGACAUGAUUCUGAUGGAGGGCAGCCGAAGCCAUUGAAGAAUUUGAAUGGGCAGAUCUGCCAAAUAUGUGGUGACACCCUCGGCCUUACUGAGAACGGUGACAUUUUUGUUGCUUGCAAUGAAUGUGCCUUUCCGGUCUGUAGGCCCUGCUACGAGUAUGAGAGGAGAGACGGAAAUCAAGCUUGCCCUCAAUGCAAGACUCGUUAUAAAAGACACAAAGGGAGUCCUCGUGUUGAUGGUGAUGAUGAUGAGGACGAUGUUGAUGAUUUGGAGAACGAGUUUGAUUAUGUUCAAGAAAAUGGAAAGACGAAGCGCCAGUGGCAGGGGGAAGAUUCUGAAAUUUCUUUAUCUUCUAGACACGAACAUCAACAACCAAUUCCCCGUCUCACUAAUGGGCAACAGGUUUCUGGUGAAAUUCCAAGUGCGACACCAGACAAUCUGUCUGUAAGAAGUACAUCAGGCCCAUUAGGCCCGGGUGAUAAGCAUGUCCACUCACUUCCAUAUAUCGAUCCCAGGCAACCAGUGCCUGUAAGAAUUGUGGACCCAUCAAAGGACUUGAACACUUAUGGGCUUGGAAAUGUCGACUGGAAGGAAAGAGUAGAAGGGUGGAAGCUAAAACAAGAGAAAAAUGUGAUGCAAAUGUCAAAUCGGUACAAUGGUGAAGGAAGAGGUGGUGAGAUUGAAGGCACAGGAUCGAAUGGAGAAGAAUUACAAAUGGUUGACGAUCCUGGACAAUCAAUGAGCCGUGUGGUGCCUAUUUCAUCUUCUCAUUUAACUCCAUAUCGUGUUGUGAUUAUACUGCGUUUGAUUAUCUUGGGCUUUUUCUUGCAAUACCGUCUGACUCAUCCGGUUAAUGAUGCUUAUCCCUUGUGGCUCGUAUCUGUCAUUUGUGAGGUGUGGUUUGCCUUCUCUUGGCUUCUCGAUCAAUUUCCAAAAUGGUCACCUGUUGAACGUGAGACCUACCUCGACAGGCUUGCGUUGAGGUAUGAUAGGGAUGGAGAGCCUUCACAAUUGGCACCUAUAGACAUUUUUGUGAGUACAGUGGACCCUUUAAAAGAGCCUCCCCUCAUCACUGCAAACACGGUUCUAUCCAUUCUUGCUGUGGAGUACCCUGUAGACAAAGUCUCCUGCUAUGUAUCAGAUGAUGGUUCGGCAAUGCUCACAUUUGAGGCUCUUUCCGAGACGGCAGAAUUUGCAAGGAAGUGGGUCCCUUUCUGCAAGAAACAUAGCAUCGAGCCCAGAGCCCCCGAGUUCUAUUUUGCUCAAAAGAUAGAUUACCUGAAGGACAAGAUUCAGCCUUCUUUUGUCAAAGAACGUAGAGCAAUGAAGAGAGAAUACGAAGAAUUUAAAGUGCGGAUUAAUGCGUUGGUUGCAAAAGCUCAAAAGAUGCCCGAAGAAGGUUGGACAAUGCAAGAUGGAACUCCUUGGCCCGGAAAUAACCCCCGAGAUCAUCCAGGAAUGAUCCAGGUGUUCUUGGGACACAGUGGAGGCGUUGAUACUGAUGGCAAUGAAUUACCUCGUCUGGUUUAUGUUUCUCGUGAGAAGCGUCCGGGCUUCCAACAUCACAAGAAAGCCGGUGCCAUGAACUCAUUGAUUAGGGUUUCUGCUGUCUUGACGAAUGGUGCAUAUAUUUUGAACGUCGAUUGUGAUCACUACUUCAAUAACAGCAAAGCUCUCAAAGAAGCCAUGUGUUUCAUGAUGGAUCCUGCUUAUGGAAAGAAGACGUGCUAUGUUCAAUUCCCGCAAAGAUUUGAUGGGAUCGAUUUGCACGAUCGAUAUGCUAAUCGCAACAUCGUCUUCUUCGAUAUCAACUUGAAAGGGUUGGACGGUAUUCAGGGACCAGUUUAUGUGGGGACGGGUUGUUGUUUCAAUCGACAAGCUUUGUACGGAUACGAUCCUGUUUUAACAGAGGCUGAUUUAGAACCAAAUAUUAUAGUUAAGAGUUGUUGUGGCUCACGGAAGAAGUCAAGAAGCAGUAACAAAAAAUACUACGAUAAAAAACGAGGAAUGAAAAGAACCGAAUCAAACACCCCAAUGUUCCACGCCGAUGAUAUUGAUGAGGGUGUUGAAGGAUAUGAUGAGGAAAGAUCAUUACUUAUGUCUCAAAAGAGCUUAGAGAAGCGGUUUGGUCAAUCUCCUGUAUUUGUUGCUGCGACAUUUAUGGAAAUGGGAGGCAUUCCGCCCACUACCGAUCCUGCUAUCCUUUUGAAGGAAGCUAUACACGUUAUUAGCUGUGGUUAUGAGGACAAAACCGACUGGGGCAAAGAGCUUGGAUGGAUUUACGGGUCUGUGACAGAAGAUAUUUUGACGGGAUUUAAGAUGCACGCAAGGGGAUGGAUUUCAAUAUACUGCAUGCCUCCCCGUCCCGCUUUCAAGGGUUCUGCUCCUAUCAAUCUUUCUGAUCGUCUGAACCAGGUUCUUCGGUGGGCUUUAGGUUCAAUUGAGAUCUUGCUGAGCAGACAUUGUCCCAUUUGGUAUGGGUAUAAUGGUAAAUUGAAACUCUUGGAAAGACUUGCAUACAUUAACACCAUCGUCUAUCCUCUCACAUCACUCCCACUUAUUGCUUACUGUGUACUUCCGGCUGUUUGCCUUCUGACCGGAAAGUUCAUCAUUCCUGAGAUAAGCAACUAUGCGAGUAUGUGGUUUAUUCUUCUCUUUAUCUCGAUUGCUGCCACCGGUAUCUUGGAGCUCAGGUGGAGUGGGGUGAGCAUCGAAGACUGGUGGAGAAACGAACAGUUUUGGGUCAUUGGUGGUACUUCAGCUCAUCUUUUCGCUGUCUUCCAAGGUUUACUCAAAGUUCUUGCUGGGAUCGACACUAAUUUCACGGUCACGUCCAAGGCAAGUGAUGAAGAUGGCGACUUUGCCGAACUCUACCUUUUCAAAUGGACUGCCCUCCUCAUCCCGCCCACCACCGUUCUUGUGGUUAACUUGAUUGGGAUUGUAUCUGGUGUUUCAUCAGCCAUCAACAGUGGGUAUCAGUCAUGGGGCCCCCUAUUUGGGAGGCUGUUUUUCGCCAUCUGGGUCAUAGUCCAUUUAUACCCAUUCCUCAAAGGUUUGAUGGGUCGCCAAAAUCGAACCCCUACCAUCGUGAUUGUAUGGUCGAUUUUGCUGGCUUCAAUUUUCUCCCUUUUAUGGGUCCGCAUCGAUCCUUUUACGACAGAUGACUCGCUUGAUGCAAUUCAAGGUCAAUGCGGGAUCGAUUGUUAGGUAUAUAUAUAUUAUACCAAGUCAUUUGGCACAUCAAUGUAACACAUACUACUAUAUAAUUAUUCUUUCUUUAUUAUUGAAGUUAUAGAUAUUUCACGUUCGUUGAACUAAA